AUUCACCUGAAAGUUUAUGUUUUUAGAAAUAAACAAAAACUUACGCAGCUGCCUAUUAAACGUUUAAUUUAUAAUAUCAUAGCUUUAAAAAACACAAAUCGUUGCCAUGGGCUUUCUCACAGUAUUAAAAAAGAUGCGCCAGAAGGAAAAGGAGAUGCGCAUAUUGUUGCUAGGCCUGGAUAAUGCCGGCAAGACCACGAUCCUGAAGAGAUUCAACGGCGAACCCAUAGACACCAUCUCACCCACACUGGGCUUCAACAUAAAAACCCUAGAGCACAAUGGCUACACCCUGAAUAUGUGGGAUGUUGGUGGCCAGAAGUCCCUGAGAUCCUACUGGCGGAAUUACUUCGAGUGCACGGAUGGCCUGGUUUGGGUGGUGGACAGUGCGGACAGGAUGCGCCUGGAGUCCUGCGGCCAGGAAUUGCAGGUCCUGCUGCAAGAAGAGCGCCUUGCAGGAGCCACACUACUGGUCCUAUGCAACAAGCAGGAUUUGCCCGGUGCCCUCUCAUCAAAUGAAAUCAAGGAGAUACUACAUCUAGAGGAGAUCACCACGCAUCAUUGGCUGGUCGCCGGAGUUAGCGCAGUGACUGGGGAGAAGCUACUCAGCUCCAUGGAUUGGUUGAUAGACGACAUAGCCAAGCGUAUAUUCACUUUGGAUUAAAUAUAACUUCCUUACUUCUCCAACAA